AUGAUCACAACAAGCAAGAGUCAGAGAUAUUUGUUACGGUUUCUUGUGCUCCACGGUGGAGCUACGGCCGCCGCAGCUCCCUCCAGCGAGAAAACGCUCUCUCAGACACCCACUUGGGCCGUCGCGGUCGUCUGCACAUUUCUCAUAAUCAUUUCCCAUUUCCUUGAAAAGGGUCUUCAUAGACUCGGCAAUUGGUUAUGGAAAAAGCAGAAAAACUCUCUGCUCGAAGCCUUAGAGAAAAUCAAAGCUGAGCUGAUGAUUCUUGGAUUCAUUUCUUUAUUACUCACCUUUGGAGAAACAUACAUUCUCAAGAUCUGUGUUCCUUCGAAAGCUGCUCUCUCUAUGUUACCAUGUCCAUCUGAAAAGACGAACACUCUGGCUCCGUUUCUUAGCAAACAUCUUUUGGCUGCUGGUGAUUUGUCUGUGAAUUGCAAAAAUGGAUCUGAGCCACUAAUAACUUUGAAAGGCUUGCACCAACUUCACAUCUUGUUGUUCUUCUUGGCUAUUUUUCAUGUUCUUUAUAGUUUAAUAACCAUGAUGCUUAGUAGGCUUCAGAUUCGUGGAUGGAAAAAGUGGGAGCAAGAGACAUUAUCUCAUGAUUAUGAGUUUUCUGUUGAUCAAACAAGACUUAGGCUCACUCAUGAGACUUCUUUUGUGAAAUUGCAUACAAGUUUCUGGACAGCAAUUCCUUUCUUCUUUUACGUUGGGUGCUUCUUCAGGCAGUUCUUUGUAUCUGUGGGAAGAACAGAUUACUUGACCCUGCGCCACGGAUUCAUCUCUGCUCAUUUAGCUCCGGGAAUAAAGUUCAACUUCCAGAGAUAUAUCAAAAGAUCUCUUGAGGAUGAUUUCAAGUUAGUAGUUGGAAUAAGUCCAGUUCUUUGGGCAUCAUUUGUGAUAUUCUUGCUGUUUAAUGUUAAUGGAUGGAGAACAUUGUUUUGGGCAUCAAUACCUCCAGUGCUAAUAAUUUUAGCUGUUGGAACAAAGCUUCAAACGAUUUUGGCAACAAUGGCGCUAGAAAUCGUAGAGACACAUGUAGUAGUACAGGGGAUGCCUCUAGUGCAAGGUUCGGAUCGAUACUUUUGGUUGGAUUGCCCUCAACUGCUUCUUCAUCUUAUUCACUUUUCCUUGUUUCAGAAUGCUUUCCAGAUAACACACUUCUUCUGGAUAUGGUAUUCUUUUGGAUUAAAAUCAUGCUUCCAUAAGGAUUUCAACCUUGUAGUCAUAAAACUCUUUCUAUGCCUAGGGGCUUUGAUCUUAUGCAGCUACAUCACUCUCCCGUUGUACGCUCUGGUGACUCAGAUGGGUUCACACAUGAAGAAAGCAGCGUUUGAUGAACAAAUGGCAAAGGCAUUGAAGAAGUGGCACAAAAAUAUCAAAAUGAAGAAAGGAAAAGCAAAGAAGCUCCUUAGCAAAACACUUGGUGGUUCGGGGAGUUUCAGCAUCUCCCCCUCUUCCUCUGGAACCACUCUACAUCGUUCCAAAACCACUGGUCACUCUUCUAACGCCAUAUACUACAAACACGAAGAAGAACACGAAGAAAUAUCUGAUCUUGAAGCUGGUGCUGAGGAUGCUACUGAAAGGUUUCAAGAACAGCAUAAGCCAUUCCACCAUUCUUAG